GUUCGGGAAGGUUCGGGAGCAGCGCCAGUGUCUAUAAAUGCUGGGCGAGUCGGUGUCGGCGCCAGAUUAGCCGCAACAAGUGGCAAGAGGUGAACCGCUCUCCUCAUUUUCCGACUAGUAGCAUUCCAAGCAACACACAACACGCCACACACACAAAGAUGGCCAUAGCACGUGCAGUAGGCAUCGAUCUGGGCACCACCUACUCCUGCGUAGGGGUGUUCCAGCAUGGCAAGGUGGAGAUCAUCGCCAAUGACCAGGGCAACCGGACCACUCCCUCCUACGUGGCCUUCACAGACACCGAGCGGCUGAUUGGAGACGCCGCGAAGAACCAGGUGGCCAUGAACCCCAAUAACACAGUCUUUGAUGCCAAGCGACUCAUCGGCAGGAAGUUUGAGGAUGCCACAGUACAGAGCGACAUGAAGCAGUGGCCCUUCACUGUGAUCUCAGAUGGAGGCAAGCCAAAGAUCAGCGUGGAAUACAAAGGAGAGGCCAAGAAGUUCUUCCCCGAGGAGAUCUCUUCCAUGGUCCUCAUCAAGAUGAAGGAGACUGCCGAAGCUUACUUGGGCACUACCGUCAAGGAUGCCGUGGUCACUGUCCCCGCUUACUUCAACGACUCCCAGCGCCAGGCCACCAAGGACGCCGGCACCAUCUCAGGAAUGAACGUUCUCAGGAUUAUCAACGAGCCCACAGCGGCUGCCAUCGCCUACGGCCUCGACAAGAGGGUUGGAGGCGAACGCAAUGUCCUCAUCUUUGACUUGGGUGGUGGAACUUUCGAUGUGUCCAUUCUUACCAUCGAGGACGGAAUCUUCGAGGUGAAGUCCACUGCUGGGGACACGCAUCUUGGUGGCGAAGAUUUCGAUAACAGAAUGGUCAACUUCUUCAUCCAGGAGUUUAAGAGGAAGUACAAGAAGGAUCUCUCUACUAAUAAGCGUGCCAUCCGCCGCCUGAGGACAGCAUGUGAACGCGCCAAGAGAACCUUAUCCUCCUCCACCCAGGCCAGCAUUGAGAUCGACUCUUUGUUUGAGGGCAUUGAUUUCUACACAUCUGUCACACGUGCUCGCUUUGAAGAACUGUGCUCUGAUCUGUUCCGUGGCACGCUGGAGCCCGUGGAGAAGUCUCUGCGUGACGCCAAGCUGGAUAAGGCUCAGAUCCAUGACAUCGUGCUCGUCGGUGGAUCCACCAGGAUUCCCAAGAUUCAGAAACUGCUGCAAGACUUCUUCAAUGGCAAGGAAUUGAACAAGUCUAUCAACCCCGACGAGGCAGUAGCAUAUGGCGCAGCAGUGCAGGCAGCCAUCCUUUGUGGUGACAAGUCUGAGGAGGUCCAGGACCUGCUGCUGCUGGACGUGACGCCACUGUCCCUCGGCAUCGAGACAGCAGGCGGCGUGAUGACGGCACUCAUCAAGCGUAACACCACCAUCCCCACCAAGCAAACUCAGACCUUCACCACUUACUCAGACAACCAGCCCGGUGUGCUAAUCCAGGUCUAUGAAGGCGAACGAGCCAUGACCCGCGACAACAACCUGCUGGGAAAGUUCGAGCUGACAGGCAUCCCUCCCGCGCCUCGCGGCGUGCCUCAGAUCGAAGUGACCUUCGACAUCGAUGCUAACGGAAUCCUGAAUGUGUCUGCCGUGGACAAGUCCACAGGCAAGGAGAACAAGAUCACCAUCACCAAUGACAAGGGUCGCCUCAGCAAGGAGGAGAUCGAGCGUAUGGUGAACGAGGCAGAUAAAUAUCGCGCCGAGGAUGAGCAGCAACGUGAGCGAAUCAGCGCCAAGAACAACCUGGAGUCGUACUGCUUCAACAUGAAGUCCACAGUGGACGACGAGAAGUUCAAGGACAAGAUCCCCGAGAGUGACCGCACCGCCAUCUUGGACAAGUGCAACGAGACCAUCCAGUGGCUGGACGCCAACCAGCUGGCAGAGAAGGACGAGUACGAGCACCGCCAGAAGGAACUAGAGAAGGUAUGCAACCCCAUCAUCACCAAGAUGUAUGCGGCGGCGGGGGGCGCACCAGGUGGUAUGCCCGGCGGUAUGCCCGGUGGGAUGCCCGGUGGCCCUCAGGGCGGCAGCACCGGCGGCGGCAGCUCCGGACCAACCAUUGAGGAGGUGGAUUAAACAUUGUACCUGCAGCCCUCACGUGCCCGGAGUGGCAGUGGGUGGCAGCCUCCACUGUGAGGGCCCUAACUCAAGUCCCCUGUACUAUACUCUUAUUUAUUGAUUGAUUAUUUUUAAAUAACGAUAAUUUAUACAUUUAUACAUAAUUAUUUAUAUAGAUAAUAAAAAUCUAUUAAACAAU